UGAUAGAUAAUACGCGUUUGUGUGUUCUUAAUCGGGGCAUACAUGUACAAAUAACUGUUGUUUAACAGCGUAAACGUCGUAAAUAAUUGUUUGUAUUCGGACACAUUUGUCUGGGGGCCUUGGCGCACUUUGCUGCUUCUCGUGCGAGCUUAGCUUGCUACAUAGCUUAGCUUGUUAGCUGCUAACCAGCUAGCAACACGUCGCUAAGCAGAGAUCAGAUGUGAGUAUAAAGUUAAAAAGUUAAAGUACCAAUGAUUGUCACGCACACACACUAGGUGUGGUGAAAUUAUUCCCCGCAUUUUGACCCAUCGCCCCCUGGGAGGUGAGGGGAGCAGUGAGCAGCAGCGGUGGCCGCGGCCGGGAAUCAUUUUUGGUGAUUUAACCCCCCAAUUCCAACCUUUGAUGCUGACUGAGUGUCAAACAUUGUGAUUGUGUGAAAAUGUGCGAAAGAACGAAAGCAGAGUACAAGGAGGAACUUUCUCCAACUAAAGAGGAGAAGGCGCGACAACAUCAACUAUUGGACGCUGUUUUCGAGGAGCAUCAAGUCAUGUUACACAGGACAGCAGACUUCCAGCAGCCUCUUCACGUUAAAGAGGAAGAUCCACUCCACCCUCAUGUCAAAGAGAAAGAGGAGGAGCCACAGCCCCCCCACAUUAAAGAGGAAGAGGAGGAGCUCUGGAUCACUCAGAAGGAAGAGUGUCUUCUAGGGCAGGAGGAGGCUGAACUCACCAAGUUUCCACUGACUGUUGUCUCUGUGAAGACUGAAGACCAUGAAGAGAAACCACCUGAGUGCUCACAGCUUCACCACAGUCCAACGUCUGGGAGAAACAUUACCCUGAACAGCAGGAGUGGACCUCCAGGACGGGACGGGAGGAGUCACAGCCCCCCCACAGUGAAAGAGGAACAUGGGGAGCCACAGGAGGAUAAAGAGGAGUACCCGUUAACUAUUGUCAAUGUGAAGAGUGAAGAUGAUGAGGUUAAAAGUGAAAGUGAGGAGAAGAGAGAGGCGGAGCCUCCAAGCAGCAGCUCAACUCAACACAUGACAACAGAAGACCACUGUGGAGGAUCACAAGCAGACAAGCUCUUAGCUCCACUGUCAGAUAGUGACGACACAACCUCACACUCUCCUGACACUGAAGAUGGAGACUCUAAAGCUGAUACGACAUGUCACACUCACAACACACACUUUCAAUGCUCUCACUGCGACAAAACCUUCAAUCACCGUUGCAAUCUGAAAAAACACACCAGAAUACACACUGGCUACAAACCUUAUUCCUGUUCCAUCUGCGGUAAAGAUUUUACUCAACGGCAACAUUUGAAAACGCACAUGAGGACGCACACCGGAGAAAAACCAUUCAUGUGCUUAGUUUGCCGUAAAAGAUUCUCCCUGAAAGAAAAUCUGAAAACGCACAUGAGAAUACACACCGGCGAAAGACGUUUCUCGUGUUCAUCCUGUGGUAAAGCUUUCAUACAGAAGAGUGAUUUAAAAACACACGUGAGAAUACACACCGGCGAAAAACCCUACUCUUGUCCGAGCUGCGACAAAGGCUUCGCCGACCGAUCGACACUCGUAAGACACGUGAGAACGCACACUGAAAAAGUGUUCAGUUGCGGCGUGUGUAGUAAAAGAUUCUCUCGGAAGGAAAAUUUGACAAUGCACGCCAGAAGACACACCGGUGAGAAACCAUAUUCCUGCCCGAGCUGCAACAAAAGCUUCGCUGGGCGAACGACGCUUAAUAAACACAUGAGAACACACGCAGCAGACAAAGUGUUGAGUUGCAGUGUGUGCGAUGAAAGAUUCUCUUAUAAGUACCAGUGUAAGAAGCACAAGUGUGCUGGUGGGACAAGCAGCAGCAAAUGAAGCUGCAGCAUUUUCAUUUAACAUCAGUUAAGUUAAAGUAGCAAUGAUUGUC